AUGUCCGUUAGAGCCGGUCUCCUCGCCACAUUUCAGGUGGACACCAGCUUAUGUUUCCAAAUCCCCAAUCUCGCCGCGCAGACUUUACUUCCGAACCCCGAUGUGCCUUCUGGGCUAGCACUGAUGCUGUUCGGCCAAUUGAUUGGGGCGGCCAUCUUCGUCUCUAUCGGGGAGAAUAUCCUAGGUAACCAACUGGUGAAAAGACUUUCCAAGCUACCGGGGUUCAACCCUAAUCAUAUCACCUCCGGGGGUGUCACAGAGCUUCUGAAUACAAUUCCAGAUUAUCUGCAUAAUAAGGUCCUCCAUGCUUACAAUGAAGCGCUGCGGAAGGUGUUUGAGAUCGGUUUGGUUAUUUCGUGUCUGAUAAUACUCGGUGCGGCUACUUUGGAGUGGAAGAGCAUCAAGAAGGGUCAGCCAAAGUCCGACAUUGAGAACAUAGAGCUGGCUAGAGGGGAGAACACUGUAGAAGUGGCGGGGGUCAAAUAG